AGAAAAAUAUACAAAACCAGCACACGAGAUAUCGAUUUGAGGAAGAAGAGAGUUCCGGUGUGGUUCACUCGCAGAUAAAUGAAUCCUAAUUGCUCUGUAUUGUGUGUGUUUACAUAAAUCAGAGUGUGUGUAUAGGUGAGAGAGAGAUGGAGAUGGCGUCGCCGUCAUCCAAGCCCAACAACAACGGCCAAUUGGAAUCAGAACAAGAAGACGAAUCAUCAAGCGUGAAAUUCGGGAACAGAGAAGCCGUGGAAGAGGUGCGCAAGCUAACAGACGUGGGAGCAAUGACGCGUCUCCUCCACGAAUGCAUCGCCUAUCAGCGCGCUCUGGAUCUCGAUCUCGACAACAUCCUCUCGCACCGCUCAGAUCUCGAUAAGCACCUCUCGCUUCUUCACAAAUCCUCCGAUGUUCUCGAUUUCGUCAAAUCCGACUCGCAUCUCAUGCUCUCAAAUGUGCGGUCUACUUGCGUUUUGGCUGAUCAGGUUAGCGGUAAGGUCCGUGAACUCGAUCUCGCUCAGUCUCGUGUUAAUCACACUUUACUCCGUAUUGAUGCUAUUGUUGAGCGUGCUAAUUGUCUUGAUGGUGUUAGAAAGGCUUUAGUUUCGGAAGAUUUCGAGUCCGCUGCGCAGUUUGUGCAGACUUUUCUUCAGAUUGAUGAUAAGUAUAAGGAUCCAGGGGGUUCUGAUCAGAGAGAUCAGUUACUUGCUGCUAAGAAACAGUUACAAACUAUUAUUAGGAAGAGAUUGUCGGCUGCUAUUGAUCAGCGGGACCAUCCGGUUAUUCUCCGGUUUAUUAAGCUGUUUUCGCCUUUAGGUCUAGAACACGAAGGAUUGCAAGAUUAUGUUUCUUAUCUCAAGAAAGUUAUUUCUAUGAGAUCGAGACUUGAGUUUGAGCAAUUGCUCCAGCUUAUGGAACAACAAAUCAGUCAGACGCCCCCGCCUGUUGUUAAUUUUGUUGCUUGCUUGACUAAUCUGUUUAAGGAUAUUGUUUUGGCAAUUGAAGAAAAUGAUGAGAUUCUCAGGAGUUUAUGCGGAGAAGAUGGUAUUGUGUAUGCUAUAAUUGAGCUUCAGGAAGAAUGCGAUUCUAGAGGUUCUCUCAUUCUUAAAAAGUAUAUGGAAUAUAGAAAGCUAGCUAGAUUAACUUCUCAAAUUAAUUCUUAUAAAAGUGAUCUGCUACCUGUUGGAGGAGUCGAGGGUCCGGACCCUAGGGAGAUUGAAAUGUUUCUGGAAGAGAUCCUCACACUUACACAAUUGGGCGAGGAUUACACUGAGUACAUGAUUUCAAAAAUUAGAGGCUUGAGCUCUGUUGACCCUGAGCUGGGUCCUCGAGCUACCAAGACUUUCAGAAGUGGUAAUUUUAGUAAAGUUGCUCAAGAUAUCACUGGUUAUUAUGUUAUUCUCGAGGGGUUCUUCAUGGUGGAGAAUGUUAGAAAGGCUAUCAAAAUUGAUGAGCAUGUGCUUGACAGUCUCACAACGUCGAUGGUAGACGAUGUGUUCUACGUUCUUCAGAGUUGUUGUCGUAGGUCAAUAUCCACUUCAAAUAUGAAUUCUGUUAUCCCUGUCCUCAGUAAUGCAGUGAGUUUGUUGGGCAACGAGUAUAAAGAAGCUUUGCAGCAAAAAAUUGGAGAGCCUUACCUUGGUGGGAAACUAUUCUUAGGUGGUGUUGGUGUGCAUAAGAUUGGGACAGAGGUUGCUACUUCACUUAAUAACUUGGAUGUCAGCAGCGAAUAUGCCCUCAAACUUCGACAUGAGAUUGAAGAGCAAUGUUUAGAGGUUUUCUCUGCACCAGCUGAUAGAGAGAGAGUAAAAUCCUGUUUAUCCGAAUUGGGCGAGAUGAGCAACAGUUUUAAGAAGGCCUUGAAUGACAAAAUGGAGCAGCUUGUUGCAUCUGUGACACCUAGAAUCCGUCCAGUGCUAGAUAGUGUGGGAACAAUCAGUUAUGAGCUAUCUGAGGCUGAGUAUGCAGACAAUGAAGUAAACGAUCCAUGGGUGCAGAGUCUUCUUCAUGAUGUUGAGACCAACAUUGCAUGGCUCCAACCUCUGAUGACUGCCAACAAUUAUGAUUUAUUUGUUCAUCUUGUCAUCGACUUUAUUGUUAAAAGGCUUGAAGUUAUUAUGAUGCAAAAACGAUUCAGUCAGCUGGGAGGUCUUCAACUCGACAGAGAUGCUAGAGCUUUGGUUAGUCAUUUCAAUGGCAUGACUCAAAGAACUGUCAGAGAUAAAUUUGCUCGCCUCACUCAAAUGGCCACUAUCUUGAACUUGGAGAAGGUAUCUGAGAUUCUGGAUUUCUGGGGCGAGAAUUCAGGACCUAUGACUUGGAGAUUAACACCAGCUGAGGUGAGGAGAGUGUUGAGUCUGCGAAUUGAUUUUAGACCUGAAGCCAUUGCUGCAUUAAAAUUGUAAUUUGUUUAAGUAAUCUAUAAGUUGAUUUUGCUUUAAUAUUGUUGUAAUUUCUAUGACAAAAUUUAUGGGUUCUUUUGGUUAUUACCGUCGAAGAUUCAGAGAUUUUUCUUUA